GAGUUCUUUAAGUUCCCCUGCAGUCUGUACACAAGAGAAAGAGGGAGAGAGAGAGAGGGAAAGACAGAGACAGCCAGAGACCAGGUAAAGCGGUGGGGCCGCAGCCUCUCAGCCCUCAGGAGCUGGGACCCUGCCAAGGAUGCAGAAGGCAAUGAAGAUGGUCAAGGAUGAGGAUGGGCCCUUCAACGCAGCUGCAAAGAACGUCCCCUCCUUUCCGCAUUGCCUACAGCCGGAAGCUCCCCGAGGGAAGGUUCCCCAAAGACACCUCUUCCCUGAAGUUCUCCGGGGCCCCUUUUCCCAGUUUCGCUAUGAACCUCCUCCAGGAGACCUUGAUGGAUUCCCCGAGGUCUUCGAGGGAGGAGGGUCCCGGAAACGGAAGAGCAUGCCCACAAAGAUGCCUUACAACCAUCCGGCGGAAGAAGCCGCCAUUGCUGAGGAGAGCAAGAGCCUGGGCUCUCCAAACCUGCCUCUGCUUUUCCCGCAGCCACAGCGCCCUAAGUGCGACUCUCAGAUGAUUGACCUGUGCAAUGUGGGCUUGCAGUUCUAUCGCACCCUGGAGCACGCGGGGGGCAAACCCGUCAAGCAGGAGCCGGUGAAGCCCAGCGCCGUGUGGCCCCAGCCCACACCUCCUGCCUUCCUGCCUCCGCCUUUCCCCUACUACCCCAAAGUCCACCCGGGACUCAUGUUCCCCUUCUUCAUGCCCUCGUCCUCACCCUUCCCUUUCAGCAGGCACGCCUUCCUGCCCAAGCAGCCCCCCGAGCCAGCGUUACCCAGGAAAGUCGAGCCCCUGGAAAGCGAGGAGACGAAGCAGAAGGUGGAAAGGGUGGAUGUGAACGUCCAGAUCGAUGACAGCUACUAUGUGGACGUGGGUGGGGCUCAGAAGCGCUGGCAGUGCCCCACCUGUGACAAGUCCUACACCUCCAAGUACAACCUGGUGACCCACAUCCUGGGCCACAGUGGGAUCAAGCCGCACGCCUGCACCCGCUGUGGGAAGCUCUUCAAGCAGCUCAGCCAUCUGCACACCCACAUGCUGACACACCAGGGCACGCGGCCCCACAAAUGCCAGGUGUGCCACAAGGCCUUCACCCAGACCAGCCACCUGAAGCGCCACAUGAUGCAGCACAGCGAGGUGAAGCCACACAACUGUCGCGUGUGCAGUCGGGGCUUUGCCUACCCCAGCGAGCUCAAGGCCCACGAAGCCAAGCACGCCAGCGGGCGUGAGAACAUUUGCGUGGAGUGCGGCCUCGACUUCCCUACCCUGGCUCAGCUGAAGAGGCAUCUCACCACGCAUCGCGGCCCCAUUCAGUACAAUUGCUCCGAGUGCGACAAGACCUUCCAGUACCCGAGCCAGCUGCAGAACCACAUGAUGAAACACAAAGACAUCCGUCCCUACAUCUGCUCCGAGUGCGGCAUGGAGUUCGUGCAGCCCCAUCACCUCAAGCAGCACUCGCUCACCCACAAGGGCGUGAAAGAACACAAAUGCGGGAUCUGCGGACGUGAGUUCACCCUGCUGGCCAACAUGAAGAGACACGUGCUGAUCCACACCAACAUCCGCGCCUACCAGUGUCACCUCUGCUACAAGAGCUUCGUGCAGAAGCAGACGCUCAAGGCGCACAUGAUCGUCCACUCUGACGUGAAGCCUUUCAAAUGCAAGCUGUGUGGGAAGGAAUUCAACCGCAUGCACAACCUGAUGGGCCACAUGCACCUGCACUCCGACAGCAAGCCCUUCAAGUGCCUCUACUGCCCGAGCAAGUUCACUCUGAAGGGGAACCUGACGCGCCACAUGAAGGUCAAGCAUGGAGUGAUGGAGCGAGGCCUUCAUGCCCAAGGUCUGGGCAGGGGAAGACUCGUCCUAGCGCAGUCCUCUGCUGUCCUGAGGAACCUGGAGCAGGAGGAGCCAUUUGACCUUUCCCAAAAGCGCAACGCAAAGGGGCCAGUGUUCCAGUCCGACGUGGACAGCACACGGAGCUACCUCUGCCAGGAGGAGGAAGAGGAAGAGGAUGGGGAUGAGAGCAACAGCUAUGAGGUGGAGUCCUACAGCCCCAGCCUGGCCCAGGAGAGCCAGCAACCCUGCGCACCCGAGGAUCUGUCCACCAAACAGGAGCAGAGCUUCCGGGUCCCCGGGGAAGGACGCAGAGACCAGGAUGCUCUGGAAGAGCAGCGGGAGGAGAGUGGUGAGGACAAUGAAGGCAGAGACAUUGACUGUGCCAUCACAGACGAGCCCCUGGGCAGCAGGCUGUUGCAAAGUGGUGGGCAAGGCCCCCCUUUUUCCAAUUACUUAUACUUCAAGCACAGAGAUGAGGGUUUAAAAGAAUUACUGGAGAGGAAAAUGGAAAAACAAGCAGUCCUUUUGGGUGUCUAAGUGGACGGCUUUGAAAUUACAUUUGGAAAAUGAGAUCUGGGCAGUUCAAAUAUAGCUUUCUGCACGAAUUGUCAUUUGCUGGGGACAGGCGAGUGGCGCCAGUCUUUACAAAUGGCUCAGACUAAACGUGCGGGUGACAUAAAAGCUCCUCAGGUCGUUCCUUGGGCACUUGGCAAUUUCAUACAGGUGCAGGGGCCCCUCAGUGUUAUUUUACACACCACCCACAUGAUGAACAGAGCUCUCCUCUAGAUACCUAACUGCAAGCUGAACCUCAAGGUGCUUCUAGAAACUGUCUUCUUCUAACAUGCAAUAGGGUAAAAUGUCUUUCUAGUUGCAGAACUGUGGUGCUCAUGUUACCUUAGCCGUAACUCUUUAGUUGCAUAUUUGAAGGUUACAAUAUCAUAGACAAAAAUAUUAGCAGUUGUAUAGAAUAAUAGCCUCUAUUAAAUAGUAGAAACACAGGCAAUGAUGCAAGAGAUGGGCUUUAGGGGAGGCUGUUCUCAAGGAGUUCCUGCAGAUGUGAGCUAGGGCUUCAGAAGAAGGUAAUCAUUUCGACUGAACUCUUAGAUGCCUGGUUGGUUGCUCUGUUCUGCCUCAGCUUCACUGGUCAGUGGGAGAUUUGAAGCACCCCCGUAGACGUCUGGACAAUGCUUGGUGGUCCCAAAUCUUCAGACCAAAUCGCUGCCUCAAGAAGAGCUUCCUCACAGAGAUCAUUGCCACCUUGUUCCGAGGCCUCAUGCUCCAAGGAGCAACUGAAAGGCGAGUUGCCACAGUGAGCGGUAGGGCUUGGGCUAUGAAAUGGGGUUCAGGACUUCUCCCUAAAACAAGUUCGACUUAUUUAGGGUAAAUGAAUGAUCACCCACUAAUGCUAUAAGCAGGACCUGAGCUGUGAUCUCAGAGCUCGCUACAUGUGAGACUCAUCCAGAAGAACCUCUAGAAAACACUGAUGUAGCGAGGCAUGGAAGCUCACAGAUGUAAUCCCAGAGCAGGAGAGUUGCCUCAUGUUUGAAAUCAGACUGGGCUACAAAGGAAAAACUUCUCUUUAAAAAAAGGAAGGA